AUGACCUCGGUCUUCCCGUAUCUACCGGAAAUGAUCGAGAGCUUUGGCGUGACCAAAAGAGAAGUUGCAAAAUGGGCUGGCAUCACAUCAGCCGUCUUCUCCAUUUCACAAUGUCUGACUGCCGUUCUCUGGGGAAGAGCCUCCGAUAAAUUUGGCCGCAAACCUGUCAUCUUAACGAGUCUGACAUGCACCAUGUUAUUAAGCUUGAUAUGGGGCAUGUCAUCAAGUCUUCCAAUGGCCAUUGUUUCGAGAGCUAUGUCUGGUGGUUGUAAUGGAAAUGUCGGUAUCAUUCGAACAAUGGUGGCUGAAAUGGUUCCCGAAAAGGAACUGCAACCAAGAGCGUUUUCCGUAAUGCCCAUGGUAUGGAGUCUUGGAUCAACUUUAGGACCAUCUCUAGGUGGAUUCUUCGCCAAACCUGCUGAAAACCUGUCUGGGAUUUUUGGAGAUAACAAGCUCCUGAUCAAGUUUCCCUUCCUUCUCCCAAACAUCAUCGCCAGUACAUUCUUCCUUAUCGGGAUUACCACUGGAAUCUUAUUCCUCCAAGAAACUCUCGAAACCAAACGCCACAAGAAAGACCCGGGUCGAAUACUAGGCCAGCGCCUUGUAGCUUUCUUUGGGACCCUUUUUCACCUCGACAAGCGCACCAGGAGCUCCCGCCACCAGUCUGCCGUUAAUGAGACCUCGCCCCUCCUCCGGCCCCCCUCUUCUGCUAAUUCCGAUUCCUCGAAAGCUUUCUCCGACUCCUUCACUCCAAAGUCUCCAAAGCCACCGGUCACUCGCCCCACCCUAUCCGAAGUUUUCACACGCCAGUCCGUUAUCAACCUUGCAGCAUACAGCAUCCUUGCUCUCCAUUCCGGGGCCUACGACCAGCUAGUUCCCAUCUUCCUACACCACCCCCGCGAAGACCAUGAUCCAUCUAACACCCACCUGCCCUUCAAAUUUUCCGGCGGGUUCGGCCUGGCCUCCGGUCGCAUCGGAACCAUCUUCACCCUAUACGGUAUCUUCGGCGGGCUCAUGCAAUUCUUCUUCUUCCCGCCCGUGGCCCGGCGACUGGGGGUCCUGCGCUGCUUCAAGCUAUGCGCCGUGACCUUCCCGAUCGUCUAUUUCGUGACUCCCUAUACCGCACUGAUCGAAGAUCCAGCCUGGCAGCAAGCUGUCAUGGUUUGCAUAAUGCUCGUCAAGUGCUUCGCUGGAAUUUUUGCCUUCCCCUGCUCUACCGUCCUACUCACGAACUCCGCGACCAGCCUUCGUAUCCUCGGCACUCUGAACGGCUUCGCCGUUAGCAUCAGCGCCGUAGGGCGAGCGCUCGGUCCGUUCAUGACCGGCACUUCCUUCACAUGGGGCCUGAAAAUCGGAUAUGUGGUUACCGCCUGGUGGUUCCUGGCCUUUAUGGCCCUCCUCGGUGCAAUCCCUGUCUGGUAUCUAGUUGAGAUGGAAGGCUUCUCGAAAACAGCAGACAAUACCGACGAUGAAGAGGAAGAGGAUGAAGGACCAGAGACUCCUAUUGGAGAGCAUAUUCUGGACAAUGAUAGAGUAGCAAACCCCAAUCACGAUGAUGAGACGGAUACUGCCGCUGCUCCUCUACCAUUAAAUGGAAACUCAACGACUAAAUCACGGGAUAUCCAAAAAGCACAAAGUCCCAAACGGGAGAGCUCCCUCGAGAGAAACAUGAGCAAUCCCAUAGGCAUCCUUGGUGGCAGCGUAGGACCUGGUGGAGGCCGAAGAUUAAGUAAUGGGCUUGCGGCUUCGAAUAAUGGAUAUGGUACCGGGGGGACGAGUUUCCAUUGA